CACAAUAAAGGUAGAGGGAGUUAUAACUGCCAGUCCUCGUGCUGUGUCUGAGUGUGCUCUUGUUUCAACUGCAGGAUCAGAUAAGCAGCCAUGGAUGAUGUAUAUAAAGCAGCGGUCGAGAACUUAACAGAGGAGCAAAAAAAUGAGUUCAAAGCUGCGUUUGAUAUCUUCAUUCAGGAUGCAGAGGACGGCUGCAUCAGUACCAAGGAGUUAGGAAAGGUGAUGAGAAUGCUGGGACAGAAUCCCACUCCUGAAGAGUUACAGGAGAUGAUUGACGAGGUGGAUGAAGAUGGAAGUGGGACGGUAGAUUUUGAUGAGUUCCUGGUUAUGAUGGUCCGCUGCAUGAAGGAGGAGAGCAAAGGAAAAUCUGAGGAGGAGUUGGCUGAACUUUUUCGCAUGUUUGAUAAGAAUGGAGAUGGAUACAUAGACUUAGAAGAGCUGAAGUCCAUGCUGGAGUCCACUGGAGAGGCCAUCACUGAAGAUGACAUCGAAGAGUUGAUGAAGGAUGGAGACAAAAACAAUGAUGGCAAAAUUGAUUAUGAUGAGUUCCUGGAGUUCAUGAAAGGUGUUGAAUAAAGGAUUCUGCCGGAGGCUUCACAUCUUCUAUCUUCUACAUGCGUUGGCAACAUCAUCGAAGGCCUUCUUGAAGAUAUCUUCACCGGUUUUUCUAAUACUGUACCUUCAAGGCCUUAACAGCUUUUCCAGGAGAUUUCAUUGAAUAAAAUAUUUUUUCUGAAUAAAAAUACUUAGAUGUU